ACGCUUCCUUGUCGACCUCACUCCCAGCCGGGUCUUCUCCUCUUCCUCUUCCUCAUCCUCCUCAUCCUCGUCCUCCUCCUCGGCCCGAGCAUGGCGACUCCUCUCACCGACCAGGAGAAGCGCAAGCAGAUCAGCAUCAGGGGGAUCGUGGGCGUGGAGAACGUGGCGGAGCUGAAGAAGGGCUUCAAUCGACACCUGCACUUCACCCUGGUGAAGGACAGGAACAUCGCCAACCCCCGGGAUUACUACUUCGCCCUGGCGCACACCGUCAGGGACCACCUGGUGGGGCGAUGGAUCAGGACGCAGCAGUUUUACUACGAGGCGGACCCCAAGAGGGUGUAUUACCUGUCUCUGGAGUUCUACAUGGGCCGGACGCUGCAGAACACCAUGAUCAACCUGGGCCUGCAGAACGCCUGCGAUGAAGCCAUCUACCAGCUCGGCCUGGACAUGGAGGAGCUGGAGGAGAUGGAGGAGGACGCGGGUCUGGGGAACGGAGGUCUGGGCAGACUGGCAGCGUGUUUCCUGGACUCCAUGGCCACCUUGGGUCUGGCGGCGUACGGUUACGGCAUUCGAUAUGAAUACGGGAUCUUUAACCAGAAGAUACGGGACGGCUGGCAGGUGGAGGAGGCGGAUGAUUGGCUGAGACACGGGAACCCCUGGGAGAAGGCGCGCCCUGAGUACAUGCUGCCCGUCCACUUCUACGGACGAGUGGAGGAGACCAAGGACGGCUCCAAAUGGGUCGACACUCAGGUGGUUCUGGCGAUGCCUUACGACACACCCAUCCCCGGCUACAUGAACAACACCGUGAACACCAUGAGGCUUUGGUCCGCUCGCGCACCCAACGACUUCAACCUGAGAGACUUUAAUGUUGGAGAUUACAUCGAGGCUGUGCUGGACAGGAAUCUGGCAGAGAACAUCUCCCGCGUGCUCUACCCCAAUGAUAAUUUCUUUGAAGGAAAAGAACUUCGUCUGAAGCAGGAGUAUUUUGUCGUGGCAGCCACACUGCAGGACAUCAUCCGCCGCUUCAAGACCACGAAGAAGGGCACGCCCGCUCGCAACUCCUUCCAGGGCUUCCCAGACAAAGUCGCCAUCCAACUGAAUGACACUCAUCCAGCCAUGGCCAUCCCGGAGCUCAUGAGGAUCUUUGUGGACAUUGAGAAGAUCGACUGGGACACGGCCUGGGAUCUCACCAGGCGCACCUUCGCCUACACCAACCACACCGUCCUCCCCGAGGCCCUGGAGCGUUGGCCUGUGCAGCUGCUGGAGACGCUGCUGCCCAGACACCUGCAGAUCAUCUACAAGAUCAACCAGGCCCACCUCGACAGAAUUCAAGUUCUCUACCCGAAAGACGUGGACAAAGUGAGGAAAAUGUCUCUGAUCGAGGAGGACGGCUGCAAGAGGGUGAACAUGGCCCACCUGUGCAUCGUGGGCUCGCACGCCGUCAACGGAGUCGCCGAGAUACACUCCAACAUCAUCAAGACGCAAGUAUUUCGUGAUUUCAGCGAACUGGAGCCGGAGAAGUUUCAAAACAAAACCAACGGCAUCACCCCCAGACGCUGGCUGCUGCUGUGCAACCCCGGACUGGCCGAGCUCAUAGCCGAGGUCAUCGGGGAGGAUUAUGUGAAGGACCUCAGCCAGCUUCGGAAGCUGAAUGACUUCGUGGACGACGCUGCCUUCAUCCGCGAUGUCUCUAAAGUGAAGCAGGACAACAAGGUGAAAUUCGCCCAGUACCUGGAGAACGAGUACAGGGUGAAGAUAAACCCGUCGUCCAUGUUCGACGUGCACGUGAAGAGGAUCCACGAGUACAAGCGGCAGCUGCUCAACUGCCUGCACAUCGUCGUCAUGUACAAUCGCAUCAGGAAAAACCCCAAGGCUCCGUUUGUACCCCGGACGGUCAUCAUCGGUGGGAAGGCUGCUCCGGGGUAUCACAUGGCCAAAAUGAUCAUCAAGCUGAUCACCUCCGUGGCCGACGUGGUGAACAACGACCCGCUGGUGGGAAACAAGCUGAAGGUCAUUUACCUGGAGAACUACCGGGUGUCUCUGGCAGAGAAAGUGAUACCUGCCACAGAUCUGUCAGAGCAGAUCUCCACUGCAGGAACGGAGGCCUCGGGCACGGGGAACAUGAAGUUCAUGCUGAACGGAGCUCUGACCAUCGGCACCAUGGACGGGGCCAACGUGGAGAUGGCCGAGGAGGCCGGGGAGGAGAACCUGUUCAUCUUCGGCAUGCGGGUGGAGGACGUGGCUGAGAUGGACAAAGUGGGAUACGAUGCCAUGACGUACUACAAGACGAUUCCUGAGCUGAAACAAGUGAUGGACCAGAUCACGGGCGGGUUUUUCAGCCCCAACAAUCCGGAGCUUUUCAAGGACCUCACCAACAUGCUCUUCAAACAUGACCGUUUCAAAGUGUUUGCAGACUUCGACGACUACGUGAAAUCUCAAGAGAAAGUCAGCCUGCUCUACCAGAAUCCAAAGGAGUGGACGAAGAUGGUGAUCAAGAACAUCGCGGCGACGGGGAAGUUCUCCAGCGACAGGACCAUCACGGAGUACGCGACCGAGGUGUGGGGCGUCGUGCCGACGGACCUGAAGAUACCGCCGCCGAACGAGCCGCGCGAGGCCAUCGAGGAAACGGCGCGAGCUCUGAGGAAAAUGUGAGGCUGUUACAAAGUGCCCACUGUUCCUUUUCACCUUUCGGGUCACGCGUCACGGAACUUUUUCAAGAGCUCGGGGGCGUUUCGGACAUCACCUCUGCACACGUAGGUUUGUUGGUUUUUUUUCGCUUUCUCAACACGUCUUUCCUCGCACGCGAGUCGAAGCGAGGGUCAGAUAUUUGCAGACGAUUUGCUUCAUAUUUAACAUUCCCAGUGUACAGCACGUGCGUGGGGGUUCUGCAGAAAUUCAGUGGGACGUCGGUCGCAGGCAACAGCUGACGGAGCUGAAUUUCUAAUCGCAUUCCUACAAGUCCAUGCUGCAUGUACCGAGUGACAUUAGCCGACUCAAACUAAAUUCUAACAUGUAUUUGUCUCACAGUAUAACUUGGUUGAAAUAAAUAAAAAAAAACUUCCCGCGUGA